AACCACGUACUCCGUUUUAAAUUUUAAUACAUCUUUUGCCAACCUGUAUUUUCAUUUCUUUUCUCACUGUUAUUUUCAGGAAACGCUCCAACUAUCUCUGAUUGUUAUGGUUUCCAUAAUUAAUAAUAAUAUUCGUUCUGUUCAAAUCCUGGUGCUCAAAUUCUGUUCUCAAUGCAUGUAAGGGGUUCAUAGGUUAUUUUAUUAUAUUGUGUAUAUAUAUAUAUAUAGAGCCUCCCUCUCCGCCAAAGCCUCAAGAACACACACAUAACAAAGACAGUACUACCAGAUCAGAGUUCGGUCCAAACUUUUGAGAGAGAGAUAGAAAGAGAAAGAGAAAGAGAGUCCUUUCAAUUGUUUUAAUUUUUUUUGGCAAUUGGAAGGCGUUUAUUUUGAUGGCAAGCCGUAUAAUAGUCUCUCCUCCGAAGCUCCUCAAAACUCUCAGCCACUUCACGAGGCCACUCAACUCCUCCUCCUCCUCCUCCUCCAUUGCCGUCCAUCUCACCGACAAUUCUGAACCCAACAUCCGAAGACCACCCACCGCAACAGCCUCCUCCGCCCUCAACCUUGACGAUUCCGAGAAGCUCUUCUCUUCCGUACCCACCACGCAGCUCUUCCGCGCCUCUGCCAACCUCCACGCCGCGGCCAUCGAGCCCAUGGUCGAUUUCGGGACGUGGCUCAUGAAGUCCAAGCUCAUGGACGUGGACGUGGUGCGAGGUGCCAUAUUGGGCGCCAUACGACACACUUUUUACGAGCACUUCUGUGCUGGCGAGGACGCCGUCUCGGCCGUACAGACCGUGCGGAGGCUCGACCAUGCCGGCCUCAGAGCCAUGCUUACCUACGCCGUCGAAUACGCCGCCGACAACGACUCUUGUGAUCGCAACUUGGACGCCUUCCUUCAUACCGUUGAGUCCUCCAAGUCUCUUCCACCUUCUGUGAGCUUUGUCAUUGUGAAAAUCACUGCGAUUUGCCCCAAGAAGCUGCUUGAGCGGGUCAGUGACUUGUUGAGAUGGCAACACAAAGACCCUUCUUUCAAUCUGCCAUGGAAGCUGGAUACCCUCCCAAUUUUCUCUGAUUCAAGCCCUACCUAUCACACCCUCAGAAAGCCAGAACCAUUAACCCCACAAGAAGAGCAUGAUCUCCAAUUAGGCCACCAGAGACUGCAAAAGAUCUGCCAAAAAUGCGUCGAAGCAAAUAUUCGUUUGACGGUUGAUGCAGAGCAUUCAUUCGUUCAGCCUGCCAUUGAUUACUUUACUUACUCUUCGGCCAUCUUGUACAACAGAGACGAUAAUCCAAUAAUAUUUGGGACUAUUCAAUGCUACUUGAAAGAUGCAAAAGCAAGAUUGUUGCUUGCAUCAAAGGCUGCAGACAAAAUGAGUGUUCCCAUGGGGUUCAAAUUGGUGAGGGGAGCUUACAUGUCAAGUGAAAGUAAACUAGCUUCUUCUUUAGGCUUUGAAUCUCCGAUUCACAAUGGCAUAGACGAGACACAUGAGUGCUACAAUGACUGUGCUUCUAUCAUGCUCGAAAAGAUUGCCAAUGGCCCUGGUGCACUUGUUCUUGCAACUCAUAAUGUUGAAUCGGGGAGAGUGGCAGUGGCAAAAGCUCAAGAUUUGGGUAUUGGGAAGGUACACCAGAAACUACAAUUUGCACAGCUAUACGGUAUGGCAGACGUGCUUUCGUUUAGCUUGAGAAAUGCAGGGUUUCAAGUUAGCAAGUACAUGCCAUUUGGGCCCGUAGAGAUGGUUAUCCCAUACCUUCUACGGAGGGCUGAAGAGAACAGGGGUCUUUUAUCUGCUUCAACUCUUGACAGGCAACUCAUUCGGAAAGAGUUGAAAAGGAGACUAAUGGCAGCUGUUUUCUAAGGAGCAGAGCGUGGCUUUGAGCAAUCGGUACAAAAACAAGAAUUGUUAUCAUGCCAAGCACUAAGCAGUCAUUUUUUCCUGGAAGAAAAGUCAUUGAGAGUUAAGGUUGAUGGCAUACUCUGUUUGGGUACAUACCUCGAAGAAAUACCUUUUGCCUGUCUGCCUCCACAAGUCAACACAAACGAAAUUUCAGCCCCAGAACCAAAAAAGUCACCUCUUACCCAUGUAAACUCAAUCUACUAUUAGAAAUCAAUCUAUUGAUGCUUAAUCGUGGUGUUUUUUCCAGAGUUUUAUUGUCUAUGAAAGUUCAUUUUGAUGGUUUGCUUGAAA